GUCAAAACGACACCAUUUUCGGAAGAGGGUUUCCGUGGGCUCACUUUUUCGGCUUCCUUCUUUCCUUCCACAGAGAGGUGGCGGCUGUGAAAGUGGACCGAGCGGUGAAGAAGGAAAUAGCGAGGAUCUCGGAAGAAAGAAGAGAAGGGACUGACGCGAAGAAGAAGAAGAAGAAGAAGAGAUCAGUUGUUUAUUAGAGGAGUGACGAGCUGAAAAUUGGAGGCAGUGAAGUGGUAUUUUCUUUAAAUUAAAGAACAUAUGGCUGGCGGUGGAGGUAAAAAGAAGGAAGUGAAGAAAGAGACUGGCUUAGGGCUUUCAAAUAAGAAGGAUGUGAAUUUUGGAGAAUGGUAUGCUGAGGUUUGUGUCAAUGGUGAGAUGAUAGAGUAUUACGACAUAUCUGGAUGUUAUAUUCUGAGGCCAUGGGCAAUGGCAAUUUGGGAUACCAUGCAAACAUUCUUUGAUGCUGAAAUCAAGAAAAUGAAAGUCAAGAAUUGUUAUUUCCCCCUUUUUGUUUCCCCUGGGGUUUUAGAGAAGGAGAAGGAUCACAUUGAAGGAUUUGCUCCAGAGGUUGCUUGGGUUACCAAAUCUGGGAAAUCCGAUUUGGAAGUGCCUAUUGCUAUUCGCCCAACCAGUGAAACUGUGAUGUAUCCAUAUUAUUCAAAGUGGAUAAGGGGACAUCGAGACUUGCCUCUGAAACUAAACCAGUGGUGCAAUGUUGUCAGAUGGGAGUUCAGCAACCCUACACCAUUUAUCAGGAGUCGUGAGUUUCUGUGGCAGGAAGGGCAUACUGCUUUUGCCACAAAGGAAGAGGCAGAUACAGAGGUGCUUGAAAUAUUGGAACUGUACCGACGUAUUUAUGAAGAGUUCUUGGCUAUUCCUGUCAUUAAAGGCAAGAAGAGUGAGAUGGAGAAGUUUGCUGGUGGGCUUUACACGACAAGUGUCGAGGCAUUUAUUCCAAACACGGGUCGUGGUGUACAAGGUGCAACCUCACAUUGUCUGGGCCAAAACUUUGCAAAGAUGUUUGAAAUAAACUUUGAAAAUGAGAAGGGAGAGAAGGCCAUGGUCUGGCAAAAUUCUUGGGCCUAUAGUACUCGCACGAUUGGGGUCAUGGUGAUGGUCCAUGGAGAUGACAAAGGCCUGGUGUUACCUCCUAAAGUAGCAUCUGUUCAAGUUGUUGUAGUCCCUGUACCAUAUAAAGAUGCUGAUACUCAAGGAAUUUUUGAUGCAUGUGCUGCCACUGUAGCUACCUUAGAUGAGGCUGGUAUUCGUUCUGAGGCCGACUUCAGAGACAAUUAUUCUCCUGGUUGGAAGUACUCACACUGGGAAAUGAAGGGUGUUCCCUUGAGGAUUGAAAUAGGGCCAAAAGAUUUGGCUAACAAUCAGGUACGUGCUGUCCGACGUGACAAUGGAGCGAAAACUGAUAUUCCCAGGGGUAACUUGGUUGAGCAAAUAGAAGAAAUGCUGGGUAAGAUUCAGCAAAGCCUGUUUGAAAGUGCAAAACAAAAACGAGACACAUGCGUACAAAUUGCUAAAACUUGGGAUGAAUUUGUGGAGGCUCUAGGACAGAAGAAAUUAAUCUUAGCUCCAUGGUGUGAUGAAGAGGAGGUGGAGAAGGAUGUGAAAACACGAACUAAGGGUGAAAUGGGAGCAGCUAAGACUCUUUGUUCUCCCUUUGACCAGCCAGAACUUCCUGAAGGUACUAAAUGUUUUGCUUCCGGGAAGCCUGCGAGAAAGUGGACCUACUGGGGAAGGAGUUACUAGAUUGUUGUGGCACCCGACGUGCACUCCUCUUGAACAUGGUUAUUGACACCCGAUCUCGAAAUUUCUGAAAUUGUUACUGGAAUGAAAUUGAUGGGACAAACCCAGAUUGUUCAUCUUUAUCAUAUAUGGUUUUUAGUUUUGCUACUUUGUACUUUCAGAAAAAAAUGAUGAUCAUCGGAUAUUUACUUACAAUGAGCUGCAAUUUUAUUUGUUUAAGAGCUCUAGAAAUGAAUAAAAUUUUUAAAGUUCUUAUAGUGA